GCCGCCGCUGCCGCCGCCGCCGCCGCGAGCUCGAUGCGGACGGAGCCUGGGCCGGGCCAUGGGGAUCCUCAGCAUCACGGACCAGCCGCCCCUGGUCCAGGCCAUCUUUAGCCGAGAUGUGGAGGAAGUGCGUUCCCUCCUCUCGCAGAAGGAGAACAUCAAUGUACUGGACCAAGAGAGGCGAACCCCAUUGCAUGCUGCUGCCUACGUAGGCGAUGUCCCCAUCCUCCAGUUGCUACUGAUGUCAGGUGCUAAUGUCAACGCUAAGGACACACUGUGGCUGACCCCUCUCCACCGAGCUGCAGCCUCCCGAAACGAGAAGGUGCUGGGGCUGCUGCUGGCACAUUCAGCUGAUGUGAAUGCCCGGGACAAGCUGUGGCAGACACCACUGCAUGUGGCCGCUGCCAACCGGGCCACUAAGUGUGCCGAGGCCCUGGCGCCCCUGUUGAGCAGCCUCAAUGUGGCUGACAGGAGCGGACGCAGCGCUCUGCACCACGCGGUCCACAGUGGGCAUCUUGAGACGGUGAACCUGCUCCUAAACAAGGGAGCCAGCCUGAAUGUCUGCGAUAAAAAGGAGCGGCAGCCACUGCACUGGGCGGCUUUCCUAGGCCAUUUAGAGGUCCUGAAACUGCUAGUGGCACGCGGAGCUGACCUGGGCUGUAAAGACCGGAAGGGAUACGGGCUGCUCCACACAGCUGCAGCCAGUGGCCAGAUUGAAGUGGUGAAGUACUUGCUCCGGAUGGGGGCCGAGAUCGACGAGCUCAACGCUUUUGGAAACACAGCUUUGCACAUCGCUUGCUACCUGGGCCAGGACGCUGUGGCUGUUGAGCUGGUGAAUGCAGGAGCCAAUGUGAACCAGCCCAAUGACAAGGGCUUCACACCCCUGCACGUGGCGGCUGUCUCCACCAAUGGCGCACUCUGCUUGGAGCUCCUGGUCAAUAAUGGCGCUGAUGUCAACUACCAGAGCAAAGAAGGGAAGAGCCCUCUGCACAUGGCUGCCAUCCAUGGCCGUUUCACACGUUCCCAGAUCCUUAUUCAGAAUGGUAGUGAGAUUGAUUGUGCUGACAAAUUCGGGAACACGCCACUCCACGUGGCUGCUCGCUACGGACACGAGCUGCUCAUCAGCACUCUCAUGACCAAUGGCGCGGAUACCGCCCGGCGCGGCAUCCAUGACAUGUUUCCCCUGCACUUAGCUGUUCUCUUUGGAUUCUCUGACUGUUGCCGGAAGCUUCUCUCCUCAGGUCAGCUGUAUAGCAUCGUGUCUUCACUCAGCAAUGAGCAUGUGCUUUCCGCUGGGUUUGACAUCAACACACCUGACAGCCUUGGCCGCACCUGCCUUCAUGCUGCUGCUUCUGGAGGGAAUGUGGAAUGUCUUAAUUUGCUGUUGAGCAGUGGAGCUGACCUGAGAAGGAGAGACAAAUUUGGAAGGACCCCACUGCACUAUGCAGCUGCUAAUGGUAGCUACCAGUGCGCAGUGACACUGGUGACCGCUGGGGCGGGCGUCAAUGAGGCUGACUGUAAAGGCUGUUCUCCCCUGCACUACGCUGCUGCCUCCGAUACCUACCGGAGAGCGGAAUCCCAUACUGCCUCCAGCCACGAUGCUGACGAGGAUGAGCUGCUGAAGGAGUCCCGCAGGAAGGAGGCCUUCUUCUGUCUGGAGUUCUUACUGGAUAAUGGUGCAGACCCCUCCCUGCGGGACAAGCAGGGCUACACAGCUGUGCACUAUGCAGCCGCCUACGGCAACAGACAGAACCUCGAACUGCUCUUAGAAAUGUCCUUCAACUGCCUGGAGGAUGUGGAGAGCACAGUUCCAGUCAGCCCUUUGCACUUAGCUGCCUACAAUGGUCACUGUGAAGCCCUGAAGACACUGGCUGAGACGCUGGUGAAUCUGGAUGUAAGGGACCACAAGGGCCGGACCGCGCUCUUCCUGGCCACUGAGCGAGGCUCCACAGAGUGUGUGGAGGUGCUUACGGCCCACGGCGCCUCUGCCCUCAUCAAGGAGCGGAAGCGCAAGUGGACACCCUUACAUGCUGCUGCUGCCUCUGGCCACACUGAUUCCCUGCACUUGCUGAUUGACAGUGGGGAGCGUGCUGACAUCACAGAUGUCAUGGACGCCUAUGGACAAACCCCGCUGAUGCUGGCCAUUAUGAAUGGUCACGUGGACUGUGUGCACCUGCUGCUAGACAAAGGAUCCACGGCCGAUGCUGCUGACCUCCGGGGCCGCACUGCCCUGCACCGUGGGGCAGUGACUGGCUGUGAGGACUGCCUGGCUGCCCUGCUUGACCACGAUGCAUUUGUGCUGUGCCGAGACUUUAAAGGCCGCACACCCAUUCACCUGGCCUCAGCCUGUGGCCACACUGCAGUGCUGCGGACUCUGCUGCAGGCUGCCCUUUCCACAGACCCCCUGGAUGCUGGUGUUGAUUACAGCGGAUACUCGCCCAUGCACUGGGCCUCCUACACUGGACAUGAAGAUUGUCUGGAGCUGUUACUUGAACUCAGCCCAUUCUCAUACUUGGAGGGAAAUCCCUUCACUCCUUUGCACUGUGCAGUAAUUAAUAACCAGGACAGCACCACAGAGAUGCUGCUGGGAGCUCUGGGUGCCAAGAUUGUGAACAGCCGAGACGCCAAAGGACGGACCCCCCUUCACGCCGCUGCCUUCGCGGACAAUGUCUCUGGGCUCCGGAUGCUGUUGCAGCAUCAAGCUGAAGUGAAUGCCACUGACCACACUGGCCGCACUGCGCUUAUGACAGCAGCUGAGAACGGACAGACUGCUGCUGUAGAAUUCCUGCUGUACCGAGGGAAGGCAGACCUGACCGUGCUGGAUGAGAACAAGAACACUGCCCUUCACUUGGCUUGUAGCAAGGGCCAUGAGAAAUGUGCCCUCAUGAUCCUGGCAGAAACCCAAGACCUUGGCCUUAUCAAUGCCACCAACAGUGCGCUGCAGAUGCCACUCCACAUCGCUGCCCGGAACGGCCUAGCUUCUGUGGUGCAGGCCCUGCUGAGUCGUGGGGCCACAGUGCUGGCUGUGGAUGAAGAAGGUCACACCCCAGCCCUGGCCUGCGCCCCCAACAAAGAUGUGGCCGAUUGUCUGGCCUUGAUCCUCUCCACCAUGAAGCCUUUCCCACCCAAGGACGCCGUCAGCCCCUUCAGCUUCAGCCUGCUCAAGAACUGCGGCAUCGCAGCCGCCAAGACGGUGGGUGGCUGUGGCGCUCUGCCUCACGGGGCCUCCUGUCCCUACAGCCAGGAGCGGCAUGGCGCCAUUGGGCUAGAUGGCUGCUACUCCGAGUAGCCCCCUCCAGUGUCCCUCUCCCUGCCGGCGGCUUGAUAUCUUAUUCUAUUUAUUUAGAAAAAACGUCUAAACAUUUAGGGCACUUUAAAGGAGAACACGACUGGGUGGUGGGGCAGAGCAGGGAGGAGGCACUGGGGAGCAGCUGCUCACCCCUUGCCACACCGUCCUGGCCUGGCAGAGGUCUGGGACCCACAGGGAGCACCCCAGGCUCUUGGUAGCCCCAGGGCAACCCCUUCUGCCAAGUGUCCCAAAAUGAUUGCUAAAUGCCUGGCUCCCCCCUCUUUGACUCCAUCUCUCAGUUUCCCCUGAUUGCUGCCAGCUCCCCCCAACUCUUCCUUCUGACUUUCCUCUCUGUGUCCCCCCUCCCAUACCUCUGCUGCCAGGCAGGCCCCCUCCUCUUCUUCCAUACCCAUCACUGCCUCCCUGCUUGGCCCCUCCAUCCCUGCAGCAGUGAGAAGCCUUAAUUUCUGGUACUGUGUGAGCACUCUGGGGGUGUUCCCCCUCCCUUCAGGGGCAGCUAGAGGAUGAGGGGGAGGGUAUUUAGCACUGGGGCCUAGAGCUCCCCCCAUAUCCUAUCACCCCUAAAAUUCAAAUGCAAACACUUGAAGCAGCAACUACUGAACCUGGCCCGGAUCCUGCGCUCUCCCGGCUCCUCAUGUGCAAACCAAGGGCUGCUUCUGCCCCCACAGUCUGCUCCUGUCCCCGCUUCUGACCUGGCCCCCUAACCACGCACUUUAACCUUGCUUAUUUCUUUUCAUUUCUUUUGGGGAGAGAGCCUGUGGCCAUCCCUCUGUUGUUCUCUUCUCCCUGAACUUUGAGCCUUGUCAUGAACUUCUAAGUAAGCAUUUUAUUCUUUAGGGGAGAAAUAAGUCAAUAUCCUGCCCAUUUCAAAACUACAGCCCUCGUUUGUCCUUUGUUUCAGGCAUGUGUUUGCAUGUGAGUGGAGGUAGGGACCAUGUUCUUCCUCCUGUGUCCCCCAAUCCCAGACUUCCUCCAUGCCCUGUCCCCCCAGUCUGUCUCCACCUUCUGUCGUGUUUGAGAGUCCCCACUGCCCCAGUCACUCCUGAUAUGAAGCCAAAGAUGGUGGGAAAGGCAGGGGCAGUGUGGGGAUCUCCCGCUAGGGAAGCAGGCCUCCUCCAGUGGGAGGGCGAGCACUUGCUGCUCAAGGCAGCAGCAGAUGGACACUGAGGCUCACUCAGCUCGGUCCCUGCCUUCCCAGCACGGGAGAGAUGGGUUGAGGAGACAAAGCUGCACUGAUAAGGCUC